AAAAUUUGCAGCAAACGGUUUUCCUCAUCAAGAAAAUUUUCAGUAGACAUAAAGUCUGGAUAGGUCGCCGGGGAUUCCAAAAAGUAGGCACGUGUGUAUCAGUGUAGGACCGAGUGGAAAAGUUGUUUUGAAUUUAUAAGGAGAGCGAAAUUUCGGAACGGUUUUAAUUUUCUGGAUAGAGUUCACACAAUGCAGUGCCGGUUGAAUAUUGGAUGAGAUUAAGCUGCAUUGUGUGGGGGAGUUUAGUGUUUGGUUAUUGCGAAUUAAGUUCUAUUAGUGACUUUUUUAUAUUUUCGGUUCAAAAUGACGAUCAUUAUGAGUGGACAGGACAGUUUAAGGGACCCUAGUGCCCUGAAAAAGAUGUGGCACAAGAAUUUGAGUUUGGAAAAUCACUUGGACUCGACCGAUCCAAAUAAUAACAUAACUAUGACGUCGGAGGAUUUGUUGCAGCCAGGGCAUGUUGUCAAGGAACGAUGGAAGGUCGUCAAAAAAAUCGGUGGAGGAGGCUUUGGAGAAAUCUACGAGGGGCAAGAUUUGCUCACCAAAGAACAAGUUGCCCUGAAGGUGGAGAGUGCUAGACAGCCGAAACAAGUUCUCAAAAUGGAAGUGGCUGUUUUAAAGAAGUUGCAGGGAAAAGAACAUAUUUGCAGAUUUAUCGGGUGUGGUAGAAACGACCGGUUCAAUUACGUAGUCAUGCAACUACAGGGUCGGAACCUGGCCGAACUACGUAGGGCGCAACCCAGAGCCGCAUUCAGUCUUUCGACAACCUUGAGAUUAGGAUUACAAAUACUCAGAGCCAUUGAAAGUAUACAUUCUGUUGGAUUUUUGCACCGUGAUAUUAAACCUAGUAAUUUUUCGAUGGGUAGACUGCCAUAUAACUGUAGGAAAGUGUACAUGUUAGAUUUUGGACUGGCUCGUCAAUAUACCACUGCAACGGGUGAAGUUAGGGCACCGAGGGCGGCGGCAGGUUUCAGGGGUACAGUCCGGUAUGCCAGUAUCAAUGCACACAAAAAUCGGGAGAUGGGUCGUCACGAUGAUUUAUGGUCUCUCUUUUACAUGCUAGUCGAAUUCGUCAACGGCCAAUUGCCAUGGCGUAAAGUCAAAGAUAAAGAACAAGUAGGAUUGAUGAAAGAGAAAUACGACCAUCGGCUGUUGUUGAAACAUUUGCCUAGUGAUCUUAAACAAUUUUUGGAUCAUAUACAGACUUUGGAGUAUGCUGAUAAACCUGAUUAUGCUAUGUUGAUCUCAUUAUUUGAACGUUGCAUGAAACGACGAGGAGUGAAGGAAUCAGAUCCUUUUGACUGGGAGAAACAAACUGGAGACUCGCAACCUGUCACUCAGGUUUCACAAGCGCAACCACCGACAACAGCGCCGACAACUCUACCUAGACAAACUACCAAACUACUCACUACUACUGAUAAUAACCAGGAGAAUAUUGAACCUACAGACAACAAAGAGAUUCAAAUUGAAGCUCGAAGAAGAAUAGAAGCUGAAAACACCGCUCCGUUAGUCACUGACACGCAAACAAAUCAAAAAGGCGUUGAUAAGAACUGCAAUGCGACUGCAGCGGAUCAAACUGCACGUAAACGCCGUGCAACUUCUCACUUGGAUCAAGCACCCACUGAUCGAUUAGAUAACGAAGCUGCAGUAGCUUCAGCAAAAUCAACGUCGGAAGCUCCACGCCCAACUCCCUUACGGAAAAGUCAAUCGGGGGCUGCAACAUUGGGUAAAUUACGGGUCGUUACGCCUUCUCCAGGACAAGGGGGUAGUUUGGGCGAGUCACCAGCCACCCCUGAACAAGAACGUCCGAGACGGAGACAGCCAAGUGCUGCUAGAAGCUCGCGGGGUGCUCGUGAUCAGAGUGUAACGCAAUUUGCUGUUAUGGAUGAUGAGAAUGUUAGCCAACAGGUUACAAGAGGUGGUGGUGCCUUAACAUUGGCCAGCCAGUGGAAGUCGCAGUUUGACGAUAGUGAAGAAACAACUGAUAACGAAUGGAAACCAGAAUCGCCCGAGCAUUGUCGCGGAGGCGGGUCUCAUGCCGGUUCCACCCAUCAGUCUCACUUGCUGGUUCCCGCUAGUGAGACUGCUGAAGGGGCUACGCCACAGGCACAAGUGGCUUUGAGUAAGAUCAGUGAAGAUUCCAAGACCAUUCAUAGGAAAUACGUGAAUAUUGCUGGGAUUGAGGAUUAUCCAGAACUUGUUGGUAUCCUUCCUAGGGCGUGGUCCUGUCCUGCUCUCGGCCCUCUAGUCCGACGCACCUUAAAACCACCUCUCCUCCAACAAGCAGCCUUUGACGAUCUCGUUUUCCGGGUAGACGUAAUGCGUAACGUUGCCUCAAAACACCUAAUACAAGAAAACGAAAAUUUAAAAGCCCCACCCACUAGGCUCGACUUGGAAGCAAAACUAGAGCGGAGCGACCUUGGCGAUAGAGCGUGGACCAGCUUACCAGCCUUAGAAAUAGCCGAUGAACAGGGUUUCAGAGAUGAGGAAAACGUAGACGACAAUGAAGGCUUGCAAGAAGUGGCGGGCAAAUUAGAAAUCCGCGUAGUGCCAAAACCGUCUUCAGAAACCACUAUGUAUCAAUCGACGACUAAUCACACAGUGCAAACUUGCACCAGACCGCAAUCGCUUCCACCAAUAAUAGCAAAGGCCGCUCCGACUCAAGUAAACGGUUCUGUCCAGCAUCCACCAAUGGAACGAGUUGGCUCCAACGAACGCAAACCAGUUGAACGUACUCGGAGUAUUUUAAAGCAGAGCAGUAAAGAAGGAAAUAGUGCUGGUGAGAUGGGUAGUCCGCGAAAAGAGAUGGUUAUGUUCGCCGAUGGUAUGAUAGUGGAUAAAAAAGACAAAGAUAAAGCUUGUCAGUCGCCAAGGGCUAAAGUAAAAUCUCCACCUCCCCUAGUGAGUCUAGUAAACGCUAGUACUGACAGAAGAGAGAAUGAAACCAAACAUGAAGUGCAAUGCGACAUGGCCAAUGGCUCUUCAGCUUCCAAAAUCGACGGCAAUAUAAAAACCAAUACAAAAACUGCAGUGAUGACGGACAAACAAACUGGCACCGAUGUGAAAAAAGUAGAAACCGAGAGCAGUAGCACGGAAACUGACAACAAAGACGAUUGUAGGAAAUCCUCGUAUGUUUCCACGCUUAAUUUUGAACCAAUAGAAACGCUGAUGCGUAGCCAAUCGUUGAAAUCCGUUCCUACUAACAAACCUUUGGCAGGUUUGUUGAAUAAUUUAGCAACUGAUUCCAGAUCUGAUAGUAGUUCGGGUGCUUCUGGGAACAAUCGACCGAAAUCGGACGCUGGAAGUGCAAAAGAGAAAGCAGAGUUAGAAAAACGACACCGAGUGGUCGAUAGAGAUAAAGGAGGAUCGAGGCAAUCGGGUGAAGAUGGCGUAGUCACGUGUUCGCCAGGCAUAGACUUAAGUACCAAUCCUAAUGUGACUUAUGUGACAGCUUCAAGCAUUCCAGAAUUAAGAGAAAAACGUUCCAUCGUCAAUGGCCUGAGUCCGGGAAUGGAGGAACAAUCCGAGUACUUCGACGCUACUGAAAAUCCCAAUAUAAAAGACAAAAGACAUGAGCUAGACGACGAGGAUAGUGGGGUUGACAAUGCUAGCCAAAUUUUAAGAGAAUCUUCGACUAGUCCUGCAAUGGAUGGAGGAAGAAUAUCCAAGAUUCCAGUGUCGGUGACUGGGGGACAGAGGUUAGCCAAAUGCAUGUCCUGGUCGGGAGACUUGACGCCGGGCCUGCGCAGGCGCAGACAGAGCGAGAAGUACGUCACCGACCCUAGUCAGUUGAAGCUUAGGUUUAAAAGACAUUCUAGCAGUGGUCUUAAAGGCAGAGGAAUCUCUAACUGUCUCAUAGACGCCCCAGAAAGCAGUCCCGAAUCGUCCGAAGGUGCCCCACCUCCGCCACCUGGAGGCGAUCCACCUUCAGAAUCGCAAGUUAGAUGUAGAAGAUUCCGACCAGUAACGUAGUUAUGGCAAAAACUACUACGAUAAGGGAGCAUGUGAGAUGGAAUUCAGAGGAGCGGCUUGUGAUUUACUGGGUGUGGCUUAGAUGGACACCCACCCCCAUUGUCUCUUUUUUAAGGUAAAAGCCGUUUAUAAAAUUUCCUAGGAUAAAAAUUAAUAAAAAAAAGAACGCUACAAAAAUUAGCACCUUGUCUUUUUGGGGUUUAAUGUAAAAUUUUUGUAUAAAAACAAAUAUUAUAUAAAUGUGAACUUCGACGUCGCUAUUAUAAUAAACGGUCUUCAGGCUUGUAAAGCUUUAAAAGUGAUUCAAUUUUAGUGAUUUUUUUUCGAAUCUUAUAGAAGGUUAUGUUAACCUUUUUGAGGGACGUUUUUUUCGAUUAUGUAACUUUUGGAUUUUUAAGUAAAAUAGCCAUAUGAUUAUUGCGUUAGAUGUGGAGUAAAUAGUUACAGGAAAAUUAAAAGUUACAUAGAGGGAAAAACAAAUUGUUACUUUAGUAUAUUAUUAUUAAAAUUAAACUAUAAAGUUAUACAAUGAUGAGAAUCUUUGGAAUAACUGGUUAACAUAGUUAAAACACUUGACAAAAUUUGUUAUUCUUAUGGUAUGGUUUACUUUAAGCGUUUUCACAACAAAGGAAGCUUUUACUAAUUGGCAUUAUAAAUAAAUAUUAAACUAUUCUAUGUGGCACAAAGAUCAGAUCUGGUACAAAAAAGACACUGGCUUAAAACCAUACCUUUAGCUUCAAAUUUUCAAUACAUUUUCAUUUUAAUAAUUUGGUCUAUCAUUGUAUAUCAUUAAUGUAACUUCUAAACAUAGAUAGCCGGAGCACACAAAAAAGAAACAGAGGUCCUGAUGUAAUAAUUUAUAAAACCAUAUUUUUGACAAUUUUUGUUAUUUUUUUUUUUCACUUGAUGCUUGAAAAAAUAUUAAUCGGGCAGAAAAAUUGUUGUGCUUUAAAAAAAUAGCUUUUUCAAAAGUGGAAAUCGCACAUUAAUGUGGAAAAUUGAAUAUUUUUUAUUGUAUAAAUCAGCUCCUUAAUGUCUAUUUUGAUUUAAAAGUCGAACAUUUAAUGUCAAAAAUUGAAUCAUAGAAAGUCAGCACUCAUUCUCGUAUACAUUUAUUAAUUUAUUAUUUAAACUUUGCGUUAUAGGAAAGUGCAAUUUUUUUAACCUAUGGGAAUAAGUUUUUUUUUGUGAUUUGAAACGUUGUGAUUUUUAUUAUUGAGAUUUGGCAACAUCACUUUUUUUCUGAAUCAAAUUUUUAGUUGUGAAUGCCUACAUCGAACUGUAUUUAUUGUUUUUGAAAUGUUGUCAAGUUUAUAAGCGAGAAUGUCUUUAUUUCCUUUUAAGUUGAAAAAAGAGAAUGUAGUAUAAUUUUUCUAGUCGAUAAAAAUGCCAAGUAUUUUUUUAAAAGUACUUGAUUUCUAUUCUAGUCACGAUUAAGAGAGAGAGAGAAAGAGGUUUAAAGAGUUUAAAAAAAAUAUAAUAAUAAAAUACUCCUGUAUAAAUAAUGAUAUUAAUUUUGGUUUAGGAUUCUCAACCAAAUAGUUUCCAAAAAAAAAAGAACAUAAUAGCUAUAUGAACAAUACACUCAUCAUGAUUAGGUAAAUAAAUAAAGAAGAGAAUUAAAUUUAGACUGCUAAGAUUUGUUUUUGUUAUUAUUUAGACUUUAUACAUUAUGUUUUCAUUUCAUUUUUGUUUUGUUCUAGCGCUGUAUUUUUAAAUUAUUAAAUAGUUAAAUUGAAAAUAAAUGAAAUGAAAAAGAA